AAAAUUAAAGGAAAAUUACAGUCUCACCCACUGUAACAACCAAGUCCAAAUUGGGGUCCCCAUUGUGAAAAAAUAGCGCCGAAUUGCCAGUGAUCAGAUGAUCUUGGCCAUUUUCUUUUCUCUUAUUGAAUUUAAGCCGCUGAAUGUUUUGCUUUUAGUGGUUCACUCAAUGGCCAGCAAUUGGAUGGUUAUGAUUAUCAAUGGGAGGGUUUUCGGUCUAUACUUAACCAACAAUGGGCUAUAUAAUUUGAUUGGUUUGUUUUCACAUGAAUUUAUGCUAUGUGUAUGGUGGAUGAGACAACAUAAAGUAAAGAGUGCUGGUGAAUGGCCUGGAUCUCCAGCUGAGGUUCCCAGAGCAGAUUCAGGUUCGCUAUCCAUCUCCAGCAAUGAUGGCGGGAAGGUUUCUCGCGAGGACAUUGAACUUGGAUUUGAUCUCUUACAUUUCAUGUUCAAUCACUUGCUUGAGCGCCAGUACCAUCUGAUGAAAUACCCUAUGCCGCCAAAGGUUCCUCUGGCCCCAUACAGAAUGGGAUUCAUCCUAUGA